AUGGAAAAUGUUGAUCAAAUGAUUCUUGAUUCGUUUGCAAAUGAAUUAAAUUGUUCUUUUUCAACCAACAAAGAAUUUCAAAAUUUGUCAGAUUUGGGGCCAAAUCAAAUCAUUGAAGGAGUAAUUCGCUGCCUUUGGAAAUGCAAUCCUAGUACAAUAACAACUAUUCCAAGUUAUAAAAUGCCUGGGAAUGCUGUAGAUCGAUUCAAAAUUGCUACAAAAAUAGCUCAAGAAAUUAAGUCGCUUGGAAUUAAUGAUUCACAAAUUGGUUAUCAAACACUUUUAUAUCCAAAUGUUUUUGAGAGCAGACGUAUUUUUCUUGCAUUAUUCGAACGAUUGCCAAAAGAGAAGGUUGUGGUUGAUGAAAUGAAACGAACCCCAUUGGAGCAGUUAAAAUUUAAUGUUGGUGAAGUUAUUGCUAAACAACUAUCAGAACAUUGGACACCCGAAUUUUGUCGAUUUUAUGACCUUAAAAGGAUUGGAAGGUUUUGGCAUACACGAGGAGAGGAUACUUUUGGAAGGAAUGAAGAAAAAUUUAAAGAAGGAAAUAUAGAAAAAGAAGAAAAAUCUGUUUUGGAGAAUUUGGAACAACCAAAAAUUGGAGAGAAACCAAAAUUGCCUCCAAAACCUAAAUUAGCCGCCAAACCUACUAUUAGCGACGAACAAAAAGAAAUAUUAUUGUCAGCAACUCCAUCAACUUCUCAACUUUCUACUGGUAUAGAAGAUUUGGCUGAACAAAUUUCUUCUAAACGUUCGAAUUUAUUGGAAAGUCAAGAUGUUCUUUUGAGUCUUCAACAACAAAUUGCUCAACUAACCGAGCAAAUCCAAAAUAAACAAGAAACUACGAACUUAAACGAUAAACGACUUUUAGCUCUUUUGGAAGGAGGGGAUGCCGAGGAGAACUUGGAAAAAUUGAGGAGUUUUGUAGCAACAGCAGAAGAACGACGUUUAGCAUUGGAAGAAAAAUUUAUGGAAGCAAAAGCUGAACUUCUUGAACGAUUAGAAAGUGCUAAAAGUGUUACAAAAGACAAUUAUCCCGAAUCUUAUGAUCGAAAUAUUAUUAAUGAACUUGAGGAAGAAUUUGAAAGAAAGAAAAGAAUUCAGGCAAAAUUGUUAAAAGAAUUACAAAAAUCCUCAACAUCAGAAAAUAAUGGAAUUAAAUCGGAAAAUCGUAAAAAGAUGUUAGAUAAAAUUUUGGAGAUUAAUGCAAUGGUUGUUAAACAAAAUGAGCAAAUAAGAAAGGUUUUUUUUAAUUUUUGGAUACAUUCCACCUUCCCUUAG